AUGAUUAAAUUUUUAGUUAUUCCAAACAAACCCCAAACAACUCCAGACAACCCCGAGUUUAAAUUAAAAGGAGUUUCACAAGUUGAAGUAAAAGCCAGUCCAGAACAAAUCGAAGAAAAUGAACAAAACAAUGAAAAUGAAGAAUUGUCUGAACAACAAUUACAAUUAAAAUUACAACAAGAAAGUUUGCAACAAAAGAAGGCCACAAAACAACAAAACGGAAAGGAAAUAAAAAAGAAAAAUAAGAAAAAGAAUAAAAAGAAAAAUAAAAAGGGGGAAAUGGUUUUGGAGGAAGAAUUUAAUGAAUUGACUAAUUUGGAGGAAUUUGCUAGGAUUGAUGAACAAACGAUUUGUGAUGCUAUUGCUUGUGAUUUUGAGACAGGUGAAAUGAUGAAUAAUACUGUAGUAUAAUUAACUGAGUUUGAACGGAUAUUCCGGGGCUGCGAGUUUCGGUGUUUUUUUG